AUGGCUUCUUCCAACCUUCCAUAUCGGCACGAACUUACCUCAGCCGCAUCAUCGUACAUCGAAAUGGACGAGGAAAUAACAAGCUAUGUGAGGGAGCGAUAUGACAACCAGGUCCAGACGAAGGUGGAAUUUCGCAAUGACCGAUGGUGUGUUUGGGCUAGCAUAAGAUUUACUAAGGAAGAACUGGAUGAAAUGGUACUGGAACUAAGAAGCCGCACCACAGCGCACCUGGCCGCGUGA